GAAAAAGAAAAAGAGGAGGGAGGGGAUCGAAUGAAUCCAAUUCCCAUUUCCCACCCCACGACCACACAAAUUUCGCACUUCCAUCUUUCAAAAGUACCAUUGCCUUGCUUUUCUCUCGCUCUCUAAAUCAACGGUUGAGAUCAGAUCUGUUCGUUUUGAUCCCCGAAACUUGCUCGAGGUUUAACACGCCUUUCCUCCUCCUUCCCUAUUAUAUAAACCUUUUCGUCCCCAUUUUCUUCGCAGAAAUUGAUUAAAAACUAAAUAAUUUCUAGUUUCUUUAAUUCAUAUUAAAAAGAUAUUAAGAAUUUAGACAGAACACUCAAAAUUCAAAAAAAAAAAAAAAAAAAAAAAACAGAAAAAAAAAAAAAGUUACAUAUAUACAUAAGCAAGAAAGGAGAGGAACCCUAAAACUCUGUAAGUUUUGACCAAGUUUGUGGCUUUUUUGAAAAGAAAAGAGAGAAAUAAAAUCCCUGAAACCAAAAACAAUGUCGUCGGCCGAGAAGGAGAGAGAAACUCAGGUGUACUUGGCCAAGCUCGCCGAGCAGGCCGAGCGUUACGAAGAAAUGGUUGAGUGUAUGAAGAAACUUGCAAAACUUGAUGUUGAAUUGACUGUGGAGGAGAGGAACCUUCUCUCUGUGGGAUACAAAAAUGUCAUAGGCGCUAGACGGGCGUCUUGGCGCAUUAUGUCUUCAAUUGAACAAAAGGAAGAAUCGAAGGGGAAUGAGAACAAUGUCAAACUGAUUAAGGAAUACCGCCAGAAGGUAGAGGAUGAGCUUUCUAAGAUUUGCAGUGACAUUCUGACUAUCAUAGAUGAGCAUCUGAUCCCCUCUUCUGCCUCUGGAGAAGCCACUGUUUUCUACUACAAGAUGAAAGGUGACUAUUAUCGUUAUCUUGCUGAGUUCAAGACUGACCAGGACCGGAAAGAGGCAGCUGAGCAAUCAUUGAAGGGAUACGAGGCUGCAUCAAACACUGCAAAUACAGAUCUCCCAUCAACCCACCCUAUCCGUCUUGGUCUGGCUCUCAAUUUCUCUGUUUUCUACUAUGAGAUUAUGAAUUCACCCGAGAGGGCCUGCCAUUUGGCUAAACAAGCAUUUGAUGAGGCAAUUGCAGAGUUGGAUACUUUGAGUGAAGAGUCAUACAAAGACAGCACUCUCAUCAUGCAGUUGUUGAGAGACAACCUUACUCUUUGGACUUCUGAUUUACCUGAAGAUGGAGGUGAAGAGAACUUCAAAGGUGAAGAAUCCAAACCCGCUGAUCCCGAGGUAAGUUCUGGCUUCUUUAUUUUAAAAGUUAAAAUCUUUUUGGGUUAUUUGACUAGUUCAUUUAUACCUAUCAACACUUAAAAAUCUAUGUACUUUUGUAGCAUUGAUGGGAUUCCUGAAACAACCCUGCACAUGGCGAGUGGAAAUAAAUCUACUCUGCAAGAUGUGACCUUUUUUUGGGUUUUCUUGUUCGGAUCAAAGAGAGUGGAGGGAAGAACCGAGAACGUAGAUAUUAAUAUUUUGUUAAAACUGUCUCUUUAGGGGCUCAACCAAAGCCAGAGUACAAGAGAUAUAUCAUAUGUGCAUUUCUUUUUUACUAUUUCUUAUUUAUCAGUUUUCUUUUGUAUUUGAUCUUUUGCUUGGUGUUCUUUUUACAUGUUUUCGUCUUAAGCUGUGGAUACUUUUAAAUCUUUUAUAUUACUAUGUCGGCUCUUAUCACCAUCA